CGUCCUCAAGUACUCUCGCGUCCCUCGCAAUUUCUUUCACUUCUCCGUCGCGUUUUUGCAGCGCUCCCGCACCCAAGCAAAGAAAGCAUCUCGCCUUCCGAGAUCGUCGACGACCCAAUUGCUCUCGAUUUCUCUCCCUCUCUCUCUCUUCUUUCUCUCGUCGUCGUCUGUGAUUCCGACUGCCUGCUGCGCCGAGUCUGCUAGCGUUUCUCUCGAUAGAUGAGAGAGGGCCACACGAAGUCCGCUCUUGUCGAUUGCCUGAUUUCGAGAUAGUCCUCGAGGUGAGGGAGGUGGUGGAAGAAAUUUGACCACGUCGGGGUGAAGUGGAGCGGUAGACAGUGGAGUUCGUGAGAUCUUGAGAAGACUCGGUGUAUAGUGUGCGUUUGUCGAAGCGGUGAACACGAGAGAAUGAUGUGAUGUUGGAAGUCUGAAGUUAGAAGCUUUGUACAUAUUGUGAAGAGGAGUGAGUCGUCGCAGUGAGUGUCAGGAGGUCUCAGUUUCUCGCAUGGUGGAGAGUUUAGGUACGCGGAGGGAGGCAGAGAAGCUCAAGAUCGAGAAAGCAGGCAGGAUGGGUGCCAUGGAGCAAGUGAGCGGAGAAGGAGAUGAGACGGACGGGGUCAAUAGUAACAACAAGAAAGGGGAAGCUAUGAUGUCCAAUACCAUGCGGCGCGCCACGUCCGUGGACGACCUCUUCGCACCUUUGUGGCAACUAAAUGUUCAGUCGUCCUGUACUCCUCGGUCUAAUGACCCUCCAGCACCAUAUCCGAGUGCGUCUUCAGCUGCUGCUUCAUCUUCUGCCAAGGCUCCAGCUCCUCAGGCCCCCGUUCCUCACGCUUCGAGAAUUGCUGAAGGCGGGGCAUCUUCGUCUGUUUCUUCUGUUGCAGUCAACGCAGAGUGUAAGGAAAGAAGUACGAAUGGAACUUCGUCUCCUCCACCUCUUAGCCAUUCGUCGGCUGGCAGUAUUGCGAAUGACAGGGACUCGCAAAGAGUGGUGGCAGAGUCCAGAGUACAGCAGUCCGGCAAGAACCAACCGGAUGGAGUAAAGCGGACUGGAAGAGACAGACAGUUGGAAGGAAGUUCGUCGUCUUACUCUUCGGAACCAGACGCCGGGGAUGUCAAACCCUCUAUUAUUGCUCCCGAAGCUGAUCAUUAUCCUUUUGGGGCCAAGAGGGAAUCAAAAGGCACGACGGGGAAGGCGAGCUCGGGAGACGCUCCCGAUCCUCUGCCACCGUCAAAUUCCACCUCCGACGACGAUCAGCACGCAGGCGGAGUCGACGAACGGAAGCAAAAGCGCAUGCUGUCGAAUAGGGAGUCUGCACGGAGAUCACGCCUGAGGAAGCAGCAGCAUCUCGAUGAGUUGCGAGCCCAGGUUGCGCACCUGAGGGCCGAGAACAAUCACAUGAUGACCAAGUAUUCUAUUGCUUCUCAACGUUACGUAACUCUCACAGAUGAGAACCAAAGGCUCAGGUCGCAUGCGAUGGAUCUGUCCAGACAGUUGCAGCGACUGCACCACACUGCAUCCCAACAUCCUGGAGGAUUGCGCGCUCUUGGUCUUCAAACUGGCCAUUUGGAUCCUGUCCCUUUCGGAAGCAUGUCAUCUGGUCAUCACUCUCCCUAUUCCCAGCCAAUGGUUCCUGAUAUGCUACAUUAAUUAGCCUGUUCCGCAGCGCAGCAAUUCGUCUCUACUGGAAGUCGUGCCUGACAUUUUGCUGUGCUUACCCUCGAUCUAGCUUCUAUAUGUGUCCGACGAAAGCACCCACGAGAAGGCUUGCUAUUUAGGCGUUUGCCUCUCAAAAGUCAUUCAACGUCGGAUACUCCAGCAUGAACAAUUAAGUGAUCCGCCGCGUGCGCCAGUCAGUUCUGCCGGAAGGAAGAAAGGGCAGUCGAGCAGAUUAGCCUUUCCCGCAGCGGAGGGGCCUUCUCAAGACUGUCCUCUGGAGCUGAAUCCCAGUACAGAAUGAUCAAUUGCAAAUUUUUGAUGAUUUACACUACUUGGAGACGAUUCAAGGCUCUGGGUGAAAUGGUGUUCACUUUCACGAACAAAGCCGCAACAGCCCACAAGAAUAUUCCCAUCCUGGAUAUUCUCAUUCUUUUCAUGUCUAUAAUCAAUUGAUCUGAAGUCGCGGUAGAGCUUAUUGUUGCUUGGGUGGAAGUCCGCUCAGUAUAGAUGUAAUCACGCUAGAAGCUGAGCUGCCUAGCCCAAGCGGAGGUGCAAGUCACCUGGGGGACUGACAUUGCUCCCGUUUGUUUAGAAAAGUCCUCAUUUGAGCAAGAUUCACUUGUCUCAGGGGAUGUGAACAUUCCUGUAAAGUGUAAUGAAUGAUUUUAUGCAAGCCCUUUAUGUGCAGUUAAAUGAUCGA